UCCAUUGAACGAUCGUACUCGUAGAAGAUCGUGCUAUCAGCGGUUGCAUUUCACAACCUAGACAUGAUGUGGCGUCGAUGAAUGGCAUUUAUUUAUGUAUUAAUUAUUAAUAAAAAAUCGUCGAAUUAUGUAUUCGCUAACGAAAUCCGUACGCUUAAUACUGUUACUCUUCUUGAUCGAUAAAUGUUUCGGUGAAAUACCCCAUCGGCGUUUCGAGUACAAGUUCAGUUUCAAGCCACCGUAUUUGGCUCAAAGAGAUGGAUCAGUUCCGUUCUGGAAAUACGGCGGCAAUGCCAUCGCUAGUGCCGAUAAUAUUAGAUUGGCGCCUUCGUUGAAGAGUCAAAAAGGUGCCAUAUGGACGAAAGCACCGAUCAAUUUCGAAUGGUGGGAAGCUGAUAUUACGUUUAGGAUAACCGGUCGAGGUAGAAUAGGAGCUGAUGGAAUGGCUUUCUGGUAUGUGGCCCAACCUGGCGAUUACGAAGGAACAGUAUUUGGUAGCUCGGACCAGUGGAACGGUUUAGGAAUAUUUUUCGAUUCGUUCGAUAACGAUAACAAACAUAAUAAUCCUUAUAUCAUGGCUGUGCUCAACGAUGGCAGUAAGGUUUUCGAUCACUCGAAUGACGGAGCCAAUCAGAUGAUCGCCGGUUGUUUACGAGAUUUCAGGAAUAAGCCUUUCUCGACCAGAGCUAGAAUCGAAUAUUAUAGAAAUACAUUAACGGUAUUGUUCCAUAACGGUAAUACUCAAAAUGAGAACGAUUUCGAAGUCUGCCUACGAGUAGAGAACGUAUUCUUGCCGAAGAACGGAUAUUUCGGUGUUUCAGCAGCUACAGGAGGACUCGCCGACGAUCACGACGUCAAACAAUUCCUUACUCAUAGUUUAUACCCGCCUGGCUCCGUAGCUCCUCAAGUACCAGGUAUGGAACCACCUAAACCCGAAGAUCAACAAAAGCUUACCGCCGAAUACGCCGAAUACCAACGUAAAUUGGAAAUACAAAAAGAACAGUAUAAGAAGGAUCAUCCCGAAGUUCAACAGAAAGAAGCCGAUAGCGAUUUCGACGAAUGGUUUGAAACCGAUAGCCAACGAGAGCUACGUCAAGUGUUCUCUGUUCAGUCGCAGAUGUACGAAGCGAUCCGAGUUCUGAGUAAUAAACUCGACGAAGUGAUCGGAAGGCAAGAGAGAACGCUCAGUAUGCUGUCGAGUGUUCAUUCCGGCGUUGGGGGCGCUAUUCCUCCUGGUCAAGUUCCUCCAGUUCAGCCAGUCGCCGGUGGCGGUGUUCAACGUCAUGAAAUUGAUAGCAUUUUGUCUUCUCAGAAAGAAUUAUAUAAUUCAGUCAUAGAAAUAAGAAACUUUGUCGUCGAAGUGCACCGUAAAACUGAAUCCGUUCUAAAUAAUCAAAUCAAACAACCGACUGCUCAAGUGCAAUCCAUCGGAUACGAUAGUAGCGCUCAUAUUCGCGAAUUGCUUGACGGUUUUAGCGCCGUUCGCAGAGAUAUCUCGUUCGCCACCCAAAAAGUAAACAAUAUGCAAGCUGCGAGUUGCCCGAAUAUUCCAUGCCUAACGACGACGACUUUCAUCAUAUUUGCUAUCGUUCAAGUUUUAAUACUAGUCGGAUAUUUCUUCUACAGGUAUAAUAAAGAAAACCAAGCUAAGAAAUUUUACUAGGAAAUUACGCCCGCGAGAUGUUUUGUAAAUGUGUAUAUAUAUUCAUUUGCAAUAUUAAUGAUUACCAUAUCUCAGUUACAACAAACUGAACUGUAACAUAAACAACUUCUUUUCUUUGUUUUUGGGAAGCUAUGAGUAACAUCGUACAUCGUAUUGUGUGUGUACUUCUCCAAGUUAUAAAAUAAUUGUGACGAUUUGAAACAUACUCUUCUUCAUCAUCUAGCAUAAUUCAUCAUCGUUUUUUUUUUCAAUUGUUUUUGUUGUGAUGAUCUCUGUCUAGGUAUUUAUUUUAAUUGUUUAAGAGAGAUCUGCGAUACCGAUACGUAAGAAAUCGAAUUUUACCAUGAGAAAUAUUUUAGAGUUUUUUUUUUUUUUCAUACGCCUUUCUUUAUAAAUAUUUUAUUUGUUUUUUAAUUCCCCUUCUCCUUCUCCGCGGUCCACUGCAGGAAUAUUUGGCUUUAUUCUCAUAGUUUCCCGAUUUAUACGUCUUCUUGUAAUAAUAUUGUGUGUGUUUUAUUAUUUUUUUUUCUUUCUUUAAUAUUUCUGUUAUUUUGUUUCUUUUUUUUUCUCUCUUUUUGUUUUAUAUUUUUUUGUAUACCGAUUUUUUUUUCUUUUUUAAAUUGUACAAUAUACAUUCCUUCCAAACGCGAAGGGGAUUGAAUUUCGAAAGUUGAUAUUUUGAAAAGGUCGUAUGAGUAAUGUACUUACGAAUUUUGUUAUCUACUUGUAUAAAGAAAUUUAAUAAACAUUGUUCUUUCGUAUCA